GCCGGAGGUACCGCGGGGAGGGCGGCUAGCGCCGGAGGUGGUGCGGGGGGCGACAGGCGAGAUUGCCCGCGUGCUCUCCGCCCGCGAUUACUUCUCCGUGCUGGGUCUGAGUCCCGAGGGCGCCGAGGCGCUGAGCGACGAGGCGGUGAAGGGCGCCUACCGCCGCACGCAGCUGCGGGUGCACCCGGACAAGGCGGGGCCGGACGCGGCGGGGGCGGAGCAGGCCAGCAAGCGGGUCAACGAGGCCUACAGCCUGCUCCAGACCGCCGAGGCCCGCAAGCGGCUGCUGCAGCAGAUGCGCGCAACCACCACCUCCUCCACCUCCGCCUCCUCAGCAGCGGGGGCUGCUGCUGCAGGGGGAGGAGGAGGAGGAGGAGGUACUGGUGCUGCGGGCGCCUCCUAUUCCUCCGCCUCCGCCUCCUCCGCCCCCUCCCCCGACUCCGUGAUGAUGCACUGCUGGCGCUGCCCCGACAUGCACGAGGCCAAGCUCUUCAGCAUGGACUGCUCCCGCGCCCGCUUCUGCUCCGAGUGCCGUACACACCACCCCGCGGAGGAGAACGACGUGUGGAUCUGGGAGGACCCCGCCGCCUUCCUGUUCCCCACCAGGAAGAUGCUGCUGUGCCUCAAGGGAGUGGUCCUGGACAUCACCGAUAUGGCCACCUGCUGCGGCAUGUUCCACGACCCGUACGGCAAGAGGCUGCCCGCAAACACGCACUACGCGCAGUACAGGAUCGGCCCCCUGGGCAGCGGCUCCAAGGGGGCGACAGGGGGCGGCCAGUUCCGGGGUCGCGGGGACAAGGGGGGCAAGGGGCGCAAGGGCAAACGGAGGUAGCGGGUGCUGCUGCUGGGGGUGAUGGUAGUGGUUGGUGGUGGCGGUGGCAGCAGCGACGGAAGGGGUGUUUUACAGAGGGUAAGGACGAAGGGAGGAAGGGAGGAGAGCAGGAAGAACGGGGUGUUGGGCGCGGAGGGGCUUGAGAGCGGCCCUGGAAAGCAGGGCGGUGUGCUCAAAAUGCGGUGUCGUGCUGUGAGAUAGGGCAGGAAAGGAAGGAGUCGGGGCAGGAUUGGGAGGCGCGAUGGCUGCACAUAGGGUUCAAUAUGGCCUUUAUGAGCCAAGGAGCCGAGGGAGGGGGCCCUGGAGGACUGGGGAGGAAAUAAGUUAUCCGGCGGGAGGAUCGGGCUUGCAGCUGCUUACACGCUCUCCCUGCAUGAGAAGGGAGGGGUGAGUGAGAAGGUGCGGAGCGCACAGGACGCGCACAUGAGGGGGUUUGUGCACUGCAAGGUGGCAGGAGCGGAGGAUCGGUGCCGGGUGAUCGGGAAUAGGGGCAUAUGGUGGCUGCGGCAGCGGGGGCUGUAGCAUGGGGCUGUGGGAUGUGGCGGGUGUUACGCAUGCAGGCGUGCAUGGGGGCGGGAAGCGUUGAGAAGUGUGCGUGCUGGGUUCUGGGUUUCGGACAUGAACCGUAGGAGGCAGAUGUGGCGAGGUGUUGCCCCCCUUGAGCUUACACGUGUUGAGGGGGUGGGUCAGGGGUGUAAGAAGACCUACCUGGAAAGGUUAUCGUUAGGCGGUGUGAGGAGCCGGGGAACGCAUCGGGGCCAACCACGGUAUGGGUGUGGGUAUCGGUGUGGGUGUGAGCGUGUGGCGUCUCAUAACAAACAAGUUCGUAAGAGGCGUGGGAGCCGAGUAGCGCACGUCGUGCUUCCCUCCUCCCUAUGUUUUGUCACCCAUUGGUUGGUAAGAAGGUGUGUGGAAAACUGGAACUGUGCUGUGGAGGAGGUGUGCUACCCGGAUCGCAGCAACGCAUAUGGGUCGGUCCGUGCGCUCCUUUAGACAGUAUCCGGAGGGGAGGCUGCAUCCAUGCUGCACGUUGGGUUCAAAUUAGCCAUUAUCGUUGGGAUUGGGAGGCACAAGGGAGGAGAUGCCGCUAUUGGUGAGGAUUUGAGGCAGGUAGCUAGGUAGCUGGGGGCUGCAAGGGUAGAUGCGCCACACACAUGCGGGGUCACACAAAAGUGAAGCCCCAAGGGGAUAGUAAUCCCCCAGAUGGGGGGGAGGCAGUAAAGGCAGUAUCAACAGAGUACCUUAGGGCAGGCAAGGCAGGGCAGAGUGGGCUUGUGUUUGUUGACAGUGCUUCGUUCCUGAGUCGCCGGUAGUGUAGAUGGUACGGAAGAACCAAACCAGCGGCACAACACUGUGUCAAGCGUAAUCUUGAAGCAGAGUGGUUGCUUUGUACGACGCCAC